ACAGGAGGAAGAAAACAAUUUCAACUCAUAAUUUUUCUCUGCUUGUUGAAUAUCAGCAGUUUUGUUGUUCCAGUCAGAGGAUUUGCAAUGAAGAAUUGCAAAAUCAGUUACAAUAUUGCCAUAUGCGCCCAGAAUAAACUCAGAGCUGUUCCUCGAGAUAUUCCCUCGACAGUAGAGGGUUUUGACUUGUCUGCAAACAAAAUUUCAAGAGUACAAAUAUCAGAUUUCAAAAAUCUACCAGUUUUGACAAAAUUAGAACUAAAUCGCAACUUCAUUUCGCAGAUAGAUGGCGGCGCCUUUGCCAAUCUGAUUUCCCUCAAGAAGUUAAAUCUAAAUAAUAAUAAACUUGUUGAACUCAGAGAGGAUCUUUUUAAUGGUUUGAGCAACCUCACCGAGCUCAGGAUUACUAGUAAUCGCAUCAGAGCUGUGGCGUCCACGUCUUUCAAGUCCAUGAUAAGCUUAAAGUUUCUGGACAUU